AAGGGCGGGAAAUCAGCGCCGGUGCAUUUCGGUACACCAACAAGACGGACGAGUGUGUAUGCAUACAUUGUGCACGACUCGGUCAUGGGACAUGAUCUGAUACUAGGAGGGACAGCUGGGCUGAUUUUCCAGUUCGGAAAUUCCAACACGUGUUGGACGCAGAAACAAUUGUCACUUUUGUCGGUGCAAAUACUGAUAGAGUGGCAGGAGAUCACCGCUUUGAUGAAUGGGUAGGUAACGUGGUUGGUAUGGUGGAAACGGAAGGGGAUGGAAAGGUGGUGGUGAAAUCUAAUGGUAGUAGACGAUGGCUUCCAAAUGCAAUAUCAUGGGUUGAGGUAAAAUUGACCAACCUAGAUGGCAGUGACGCUGCGGUGGGGACGUACCGUGUGCAGUUUGGGAAGAAGUGGUUCCCGCGAGAAGCGCUAGUCGAAAAUGGCACGUCUGAAAUUCCGUUAAGAAGAGUGGGGGAUAGCUCGUGUCUGGUGAAACCAAACGAUAUUUUGGGGUAUGGUGGUGAACCCCUGGAGGUGGCGUUCAGACGGUUGUGGCAGAGGGUGCCUCCGCACAUUCGAGACGUCCAUUUCGACUUCAGUGCGAAACUGUGGGAGCCGGAGGACAUUGACAAUCUAGGUGAUAUAGUGUGCAAGUUUGAGCAUCGUUUUUCGAAGGGUGGUUCGGAUUUAGGACGAGUGACGGUCGAUCCGUUUCGAAUCAUUUUGAAGACGGGGGCACAUCCAGUGCGGCAGAAGCCAUAUCGCUAUUCGCCGGUAAUGAACGAAAAGGUGCAGAUCGAAGUUGACAAACUGCUGUUGGCGGGUGUGUUGCGGAGAUCGUACAGCAAUUGGGCGAGUCCGCUGGUGGUAGUCGCGAAGGCUAACGGUGGUGUACGGUUGACGGUCAACUACAAUCGCAUCAAUAAAAUUAGUGUAAUCCCGACAUUGCCCAUUCCGAUAGUGGAGGAUAUUUUGGCGGAAUUGGACGAAUCGAAAAUCUUCAGUACGCUGGAUUUGGUCAGUGGGUUUUUCCAGUGCAGUAUUGAGAAGGACAGCAUUCCGAUCACUGCUGUUAUCACGCCUACGGGGUUGUACGAAUUUUUAUCCGUGCUGCAAGGUCUCAGUAGUAGUCCUGGGUGGUUCCAUUCGGUGAUGGCCAGAGUAUGUGACGGGCUGGAACGUGUGCGCGUGUUCAUCGAUGACGUGAUCGUUUUUUCCAGGGACGAGGCAGAACACGUGCGCGACCUGGAGAGGUUUUUCGAGCGCAUGGUCAAGUUCAACCUGAAACUGGCACCCAAGAAGACGAACCUAGGGGUGAAGGUGGUGACGUUCUUGGGACAUCAAGUCACGGCGGAAGGGAUCGGGCCGGGCCCGGAAAAGGUCAGACCGCUGCGUGAAGUGCCAAUGCCCACUAAUGUUGGCCAGUAGCGAUCGUUGCUGGGGUCCUUGUCGUACUAUCGAAAGUUCCUGAAGAACACGUCGGCAAAAUUGAAACCGAUCAGUGCGAUGCUGAACAAGGGGGCGAAGUUUACGACCACGGCUGAUCAUGUGGCAGUAGUGAGGAAAAUGAUGGAUGCUCUGUCUGGCCCUGAAGUUCUGGCAUUUCCGUGUUAUGAAGGUGCAACCUCGGGAAAGCGGCCGUUUUGGUUAACCGCUGAUGCGUCGAUUUCGGGCUUGGGAGCCGUAAUCGAGCAAGAGCAACGCGAUGGAAGUAUUAGACCGCUAUGCAUUUUGAGCAGAUCAUCAUUCGCGAAUGAAACGAGAUUGAGUCCGACUGAGCUUGAAGCGGGUGCGAUAGUGUGGGCGAUAAAGAAGAAUCGAACACUAUUUUGGUUUAAUGGCAUCCCCUUUGAAGUGUACAGCGACCACCAACCCUUACGGAAAUUGGGGAGUUUGGCAGAGAAAAAUGAUCGCGUACAGAGGUGGUAUGACUUCCUGUCAGCGUACACGUAUGAACAGAAGUUUCGACCAGGGCGAGAGGAUGCAAAUGCCGAUUUGAUGUCACGGCUGCCAUUACCUGCGACGAAAGAGGAUGAGGCACCAGAUGUCAGGCUAACUGGUCCGUCUGAUCUCGAUCUUUGUAUGAUAGGUGCGAGCGGGGUGCUACCUU